AUGCUCUCGGGACCGGUUGGCCAAAGCCAGGGGGUGCCCAGGGUGCCGGUUCCUGUGGAGGCGGGCGAUGGUGCUGUGUACACACCUCUCCUAACACAGGGCGAGCAGGUGGACGUCCUGGAGCGCCUUGACUUCGUGCUAAGGAACAUUGCAGAGCUAAGGAAAGAAGUGGAGGAGCUACGGAACAGCCUGCAGCACUUAGCUACGGAAAUCGUCGGGGAAGUCAGGUCCCAUCUGGAAGAAACCCAGAAAGUAACUCGCCGAAGGCGGUUUCCCUUCCCUAGAGAACGAAGUGAUUCCACCGGCUCCAGUUCGAUUUAUUUCACAGCCAGCUCAGGAACAGCCAAUACGGACGAUGGAGAAAGCGAAGGAGGGUACACCACCGCCAAUGCUGAGUCCGAUUAUGACCGGGAGUCCGAGAGAGAGAGCGAAGAAGGAGAAGACGAAGUGAGCUGUGAAACAGUGAGGACUGCGCGACGGGAUUCCCUGGAUCUCAUCAACGAGGAUGAAACGCAUUUAAUCUCGGAUUCCUCGGUGGAGGAAGGCCUGGGUCAGCUACUGCAGCAGGCUGACCGCCUGCACAGCGGGGAUGAGCAGGAGAAGCGAGAGGGAUUCCAGCUGCUGCUGAAUAACAAGCUGGCGUAUGCAGACCAGAAGGACUUCCUGUGGCGCCUGGCCCGAGCACACAGCGAUAUGUGCGAAAUCGCGGCGGACGCAGAUGAGAAGAGAUCGUACGCAUCUGAUGGGAAAGAAGAGCUAGAAAUUGCCUUGCAGAAAUGGGACCACAGUGCGGAGUGCCAUCAGUGGUACGCUGUUCUUUGUGGGCAGCUAGCGGAACAUGAGAGCAUUCAGAAGCGUAUUCAAACCGGAUACGUUUUUAAGGAACACAUUGAUAAAGCGAUUGACCUGAAGCCAGAGGAUCCAAGGUCUUACUAUCUCUUGGGCAGGUGGUGUUACCAGGUUUCCCACCUGGGAUGGCUUGAGAAAAAGACUGCUUCUGCUUUGUUCGAAGCCCCUCCUACGGCCACCGUACAGGACGCGCUGCAAAACUUCUUACGGUGUUACAGGGACCUGGGGAACAACUCUGCCGCUCUUCUCUGGAUGAAUCUUGCUUCGGAGCUGCCAGUUAAUACGAAAGAGGAUGCCGAAAGUGAGAGAGAACUCGAAGAGAUGCGGUCAGUCUGGGAAGAAUAAAUAUUAAAGGCUCGUUCCAGCUGAUCCUGCCCAGGCGGUAAAAUUCCAGUUAAAGGGGUUCCAUGAUCCUGACAGCUUUGAUUGCACUUCAUGGAUAAGCCACAAGAGUUUACAGGAAAAAAGACGCAGCGGUCUCCUCGGCACAUCCAGGCAAAGGUCUUGGUGGGAUUUAAUCGGAUACAGUUUUGUACCAUUUCCCUUCUUACUGCACUGCCUAUGCUUGAUUUUACGAUUCCCAGAAAAUGUCAAAUUCCUAAAAACGGGGGGUGGGGUGGCAUGGGGAAGGGUAUAGGUAGAAUUUGUGAUACAAAACUUAUUUGUGAUUAUAUAGAACAGCUACGUGAGAUCUAUAUUUUUGUGAUAUAACACCCCACACCAAUACAUACCUGUUUAUGUAUGCACAUCUAUACCUUAUGUCACAAACUCUCCCCAGCAGCCUGGCCUCCUCGCUGCCGAUUCCCGAGGAAGCCGCCGGCCCAGCUUUUCUUUCAGAUGAACUUGUUUUCUCUUUUCCUUAAUCCCAUGUCUUCGUCGCCUGGGUUGCGGUCACCGAUUACGUGCCUGUCCUAGAUGUGAAAAUUUGAUCCUGAGAUCAAACGGGGAGCCCCUGUGCCCAGGGUGCCGCUGCUUUUUAGCAGCGUGCGGCCUGGGGGGGCG